AUGGCCACAACAGCAGGCACAACGGGAGGCGUGUGCUCAGCGGCGCAGCCGAUCAAGGCGAUGACGAAACCGAGGGGCCGCACGACGAGAAGGCGCAGCAGCGCCGCGGGCCAGCGUAGUAGCACCACCCAGCGGCGGCGGUGGUCGUCGUCGUGUUCGCUGCGGCCCACGUCGGCCGCGAGCUGGCUCUCGAGGCGGGCGUUGAUGUCGUGCGGGCUGAUGAGGCGGUUGACGGAGGCGGAGAAGGAGCUGGCGCGCGAGCGGCCCUCUGGGUCGGUGGCGACGCCGAGACGGGAUCCGCCGGGGGACGGCGAGGGGGGGAUCUCGCAGGUGCGGCCUUUGGCGCGGUUGUAG